GAUGUGAUUGUGAAUGCGGCGUGUAGAGUCGACAGGACUCUACUGUAUUAGUUAGUCAUCACUGGGGAGAUUUAGCUAGCUACACAUACGAGGAUUGCUAAACUUGAAUCAUGCACAUCGUCAUUACAUCUAACUGGGAGUGGAGCAGAAAUUGUGCAAGAUAUGGAUAGGAGUUAUCUUUGGUUCUAGAGAUUGCGCGGUUGUUGCUCCGAGUCAAGUUUCCAGCAAGUCCCAUAUUCCAUAAUGCUUCACGAGGACUCGACUCAUUGGAACCAUGUGCACAUUUCCUCACGUGUGUUUCAUGUUGAAGCGGUGAGGCUGGGAUAAAACGGGAAAAUUAGCAAACAACAAGCAUCGGUGCAGAUAUAUAUUUUUUUGGUGGGGGGGGUAGUAGACUUUCUGAUUUCUGAAGUCGAGGAGGAAGGUGUGGACGGUAGUGAUCCAGCUCAAAUAAAUCAGAAACAUGGGGAACGCAGGGAGUAUGGACCAACAAACUGAUUUCAGGGGACACAACAUGCCUUUGAAACUGCCCAUUCCGGAGCCAGGUGAAUUGGAGGAGAGAUUCGCAAUCGUUUUGAAUUCGAUGAAUCUUCCUCCAGACAAAGCGCGACUACUGCGGCAGUACGACAACGAGAAGAAGUGGGAGCUCAUCUGUGAUCAGGAACGAUUCCAAGUGAAGAACCCACCUCACACAUACAUCCAGAAGCUGAGGGGUUAUCUGGACCCAGCGGUCACCAGGAAGAAAUUCCGACGGAGAGUGCAGGAGUCCACCCAAGUCCUGAGAGAACUGGAAAUUUCGUUAAGGACAAAUCACAUAGGGUGGGUGAGAGAAUUCCUCAACGACGAAAACAAAGGCCUGGAUGUGUUGGUGGAGUAUCUUUCUUUUGCGCAGUACGCUGUCACGUUUGAUGGCGACAGCGCGGAGAAGAACCCGGAGAAGUCGGUGGACAAGCCCUGGAGCAGAUCCAUAGAGGACCUGCACGGGGGGAGUAACUUCCCGUCCCCCGUCAGCGGGAACAGCAUCUCCCGCGCCGGGCGACACUCCACGCUACGUUGCAACACGUUGCCGAGCCGGAGAACUCUGAAGAACUCCCGGCUGGUCUGUAAGAAGGACGACGUUCACGUCUGCAUCAUGUGCCUGCGAGCCAUCAUGAACUACCAGUACGGCUUCAACAUGGUGAUGUCCCACCCGCAUGCUGUGAAUGAAAUUGCACUAAGUCUCAACAAUAAGAAUCCCAGAACCAAAGCUCUCGUGUUGGAGUUACUGGCCGCCGUGUGUCUCGUCAGGGGAGGACACGAAAUCAUCCUCUCUGCGUUCGACAACUUCAAGGAGGUGUGUGCUGAGACACAGAGGUUCGAGAAGCUAAUGGAACACUUCAAGGACAUGGACAACAACAUUGACUUUAUGGUGGCGUGUAUGCAGUUCAUCAACAUCGUGGUCCACUCAGUAGAGGACAUGAACUUCAGGGUUCACCUGCAGUACAACUUCACCAAGCUCUGUCUGGACGACUACCUGGACAAGCUGAAGCACACGGAGAGUGACAAGCUGCAGGUGCAGAUCCAAGCCUACCUGGACAACGUGUUUGACGUGGGCGCCCUGCUGGAGGACGCCGAGACCAAGAACGCCGCGCUGGAGCGGGUGGAGGAGCUGGAGGAGAACAUGUCACAUAUGACGGAGAAGCUGCAGGACACGGAGAACGAGGCCAUGUCCAAGAUCGUGGAGCUGGAGAAGCAGCUGAUGACGCGCAACAAGGAGCUCGACGCCAUCCGGGAGGUGUACAAGGACGCCAACUCGCAGGUGCACACGCUGCGGCGGAUGGUGAAGGAGAAGGACGAGGCCAUCCAGAGGCAGUGCAACCUGGAGAAGAAGAUCCACGAGCUGGAGAAGCAGGGCACCGUGACGGUCCAGAAGAAGGGCGACGGGGACAUCUCCAUCCUGACCUCGCCGCCCGCCCCCGGGGGCCCGCUGGUGGCCGGAUUUGAGGGUGUACCAGGGGGCUAUAACGGGGGUGCGGUCAGCCCGAUGGGGUCGAAUGGGAUCCCGGGGAUGCCCGCGCCGCCCCCUCCUCCUCCCCCACCACCUGUGCCUGGUAGGUGCCCCAUGGCCCCACCGCUGCCCGGCUGUGGAUCCCCCACUGUCAUCUUCAACUCAGGGUUAGCAGCCGUGAAGAUUAAGAAGCCCAUCAAGACCAAGUUCCGUUUGCCGGUGUUCAACUGGGUGGCACUGAAGCCCAACCAAAUCAACGGCACCGUGUUCAACGAGAUCGACGACGAGAGGAUACUGGAGGACCUGAACGUGGAUGAGUUUGAGGAGAUGUUCAAGACGAAAGCCCAGGGCCCGGCCAUCGACUUGGCCGUGAGCAAGACCAAGAUCAUCCAGAAGGGUCCCAACAAGGUGGCGCUGCUGGACGCCAACCGGGCCAAGAACAUGGCCAUCACCCUGAGGAAAGUGGGCAAGGCCCCCGAGGAGAUCUGCAAGGCCAUUCAGCUGUUUGACCUGCGCACCCUGUCGGUGGACUACGUGGAGUGUCUGAUGCGCUUCCUGCCCACGGAGAACGAGGUGAAGAUCAUGCGUCAGUACGAGAAGGAGCGGAAGCCCGUGGAGGCGCUGACGGACGAGGACCGCUUCAUGAUGCACUUCAGCAAGAUCGAGCGGCUCAUGCAGAAGAUGACCAUCAUGGCCUUCAUAGGCAACUUCUGCGAGAGCGUUCAGAUGCUGACACCGCAACUUCAUGCGAUCAUCGCAGCAUCUGUGUCAAUAAAAUCCUCACAGAAACUCAAGAAAAUUCUAGAGAUUAUCUUGGCUCUCGGAAACUACAUGAACAGCAGUAAAAGGGGAGCGGUAUACGGUUUUAAACUACAAAGUUUAGAUUUGCUACUAGACACCAAGUCGACAGACCGGAAAAUGACACUGCUGCACUACAUAGCCAACGUGGUGAAGGAGAAAUACCAGCAGGUCAAUCUGUUCUACAACGAAGUGCAUUACGUGGAGAAGGCCGCAGCAGUGUCGUUAGAGAACGUUCUGCUGGAUGUGAAAGAGCUCCAGCGGGGAAUGGACCUGACCAAGAGAGAGUACAGCAUGCACGGUCACAACACCAUGCUCAAAGACUUCAUCACACACAACGAGGGCAAGCUGAAAAAGCUGCAGGACGACGCCAAGAUCGCACAGGACGCCUUCGACGAGGCGGUCAAAUUCUUCGGCGAGAAUUCCAAAACGACGCCCCCGUCUGUGUUCUUCCCGGUGUUUGUGCGCUUCGUCAAGGCCUACAGGCAAGCGGAGGAGGACAACGAGCAGAAGAAGAGAGCGGAGCAGAUGAUGAUGGAGAAACGUCUGGAACAGGAGGCCAUGAUGGACCAGGAGGACAAGAAGUCUCCGUCCCAUAAGAACACCCGGGGCAGGAGUCAGCAGCAGGAGGUGAUAGCUGAGCUGAGGAAGAAGCAGGUGAAGGAUACGGGCAGCCGCCACGUCUACGAGGGAAAGGACGGAGCCAUCGAGGACAUCAUCACCGUGCUGAAGACAGUGCCCUUUACCGCCCGCACAGCCAAACGGGGCUCUCGGUUCUUCUGCGAGCCGGUUCACAAUGAGGAGAGCCAUUACUAAAGCUUAGAACUCUCUCUCUCUGAAAGAUCUUCGCAAUCAGCCUUACAGGCGAGCCGACGCGGUGAGGAGGAGCGUCAGGAGACGUUUUGACGACCAGAACCUGCGGCCGGUCAACAACUCUGAAGUCGUAAUUUGACGAGGGAGAAGUGCAUGUGUUAGGGGCGGAGGGGGAGUGAUGUGGAAAGUGUAGCAGUCUCUCACUCUUAAGGACUGAAGGAGAGAUGAUGGGUCUGACAGGUCAGUUAUAGGGAACCUUAGACAAGCCAAGUGCCUAAAACUUACUUGUGUUCAGUUGUUGUUUUGCCUCCUGUUUGUCUCUUGUGAUUUUUAUUUUUUUAUUACUUCAAGCAAUAGAACUUGAUCUGGCUUUAAUUGUAUUUUCCUUUGUAAAACUGGACACAGAAGUCUGUAGCAGGGAUUCCUGAAAGAAGUGUAGAAUGUAACGGGUCACAGUUCCCUUAGGUGUCGAACGGUAUUCCGCCACAGGGGAUGAAUAUGGUAUUUCAUAGCUAGUAUCUUACUACAUUCCUGGUGCUACUGCCAUCACUCUUAGAAAUUACACAAUGUGCCCGAGUGGCACUUUAAAGAACGCAUUAGCUUUUCCAUUGUUACUAAAGGGCUAAUGUACUUUUUAAAGGGGACAUACACUAUAUAUACAAAAGUAUGUGGAUUCGUCUGUUUCAGCCACACCAGUUACUGACAGGUAUAUAAAAUCAAGCACACCGCCAUGCAAUCUCCAUAGACAAACAUUGGCAGUGGAAUGGCCUUACUGUAGAGCUCAUUGACCUAACGUGGCACUGUCAUAGGAUGCCCCCUUUCCAUUGAGUCAGUUCAUCAAAUGUAUGCCCUGGUCGACUGUAGGUGCUGUUACUGUUAAUUGGAAACAUCUCGGAGCAACAACAGCUUAGCCGCGAAGUGGUAGACCACGCAAGCUUGAAGAACGGAACUGCCGAGUCCUGAAGGCAAGUUAAAUGAAAAUUGUCUGUCCUCAGUUGCAACACUCACUAGAGUCCCAAACUGCCUCUGGAAGCAACGUCAGCACAAUAACUUUGUCGAGAGCUUCAUGAAAUGGGUUUCCAUGGCCGAGCAGCUGCACACAAC